CCAUCCGGUGUUGGCCCACGACCGGGCCCCCAUCCUGGUGCUCCUCACCCCCACCAAGGACCACCCCCUCCAGCAGGUUGGGACCCCCCUAAGGUACCCCACCCCAGCCAGCUGGACCCCAACUCCCAGGCAGCCAUGAUGCACAAGACCAGGAGGGAGAAGUCUGGAGAGAGCCUGCUGCGGAAGGACUCCCAGAGCUCGGACCAGUCGGAGUCGCUGCGGCCGCCCCCACCCAGGCCCUACAAGAGCAAACGGGGUGUCAACAAGAGGCAGAUGUCUAUCAGCAGCUCAGAGGAGGAGGGCGGCUCCACGCCCGAGUACACCAGCUGUGAAGACGUGGACAUGGAGAGCGUCAGUAUGAUUGGUGAUUGGGACUGCCAUCCUCUGGAUCCUGCUGUGUGGCAUCAUCCAGUGACAUGGCAGCCGUCCAAGGAGGGCGACCACUUAAUCGGACGCAUCACUCUGAGUAAAAGGUCGGCCAUGCCCCGCGAGGCAGGCUCCUUACUAGGGCUAAAGGUUGUGGGUGGGAAGAUGACAGAGACAGGGAGACUUGGGGCCUUCAUCACCAAAGUCAAGAAAGGAAGUCUGGCGGACAUUGUUGGCCACCUACGAGCUGGUGAUGAGGUACUGCAGUGGAACGGGAAGUCAUUGCCGGGAGCAACCAAGAAGGAAGUGUACAACAUCAUUCUGGAAUCCAAGGCGGAGCCUCAAGUGGAAAUAGUCGUCUCAAGGCCUAUUGGAUCUAUCCAUCGCAUCAUUUCCAAUAACUUCUUGAGAAAGGUGUAUAGAGCAUAUCAAGACAUACCAAGAAUUCCAGAAACAUCACAUCCUCCUUUAGAAUCGACGGGCUCCAGUUCCUUUGAGUCUCAGAAGAUGGAGCGUCCCUCCAUAUCGGUCAUGUCCCCCACCAGCCCUGCUACCCUCAGAGCCCUCCCCAUCAUCCUGCCUGGACAGCUGUCUGUAAAGCUGUGGUAUGACAAAGUGGGCCAUCAACUGAUCGUCAACGUCCUUCAAGCCAUAGACCUGCCCCCCCGACUGGACGGGCGACCAAGGAACCCUUACGUCAAGAUGUACUUCCUCCCUGAUCGAAGUGAUAAGAGCAAGCGCAGGACCAAGACAGUAAAGAAGAGCGCUGAGCCCAAGUGGAACCAGACGUUCCUGUACUCCCACGUCCACCGCAGGGACUUCAGAGAACGCAUGCUGGAGAUCACUGUCUGGGACCAACCUAGAAUACAGGAGGAGGAGAGUGACUUCCUGGGAGAGAUCCUGAUAGAGCUGGAGACUGCCCUGCUGGAUGACGUUCCUCACUGGUAUAAACUCCAGACCCACGACGUGUCUUCUCUACCUCUGCCUCAGCCAUCUCCUUAUCUCCCACGCAGACACGCCUCUCACGACAGCCCCAGCAAGAAACUACAGAGGUCCCAUCGCAUCAUUGAUACAGAGUUUGAUGAUACAGGUAUAACGGUAGUGUCUGAAGGUGCAGAGCGUAACUCAAGGGAGAGGGAGAGGAACAGCACCCUGACUGUCCCAGAGCAGCAGAGACUGGCCCAGCACCGCUCCAGAUCUGUGUCCCCUCACCGCGAGGACAUAACGAGGGCCCGCUCCCGCCCCGCACACGUCCCCAUGCAGAGGAGUCUGGAUGAGAUCCACCAGAACCGGCACCACUCCUGCUCCCCCUCCCGUUACCAUGACUCCCACGGGGAGCACCGCUCUGGGGACUCGGACUACGAGUACUCCGAGGACAGUGAGGUCCUCGAGAUGCACAGGUCUAUCCGAGGCGGGAGUGCCGAGUGCCUGCACACAAACAGGGGUGUAGCUAGGUCCAGCAAUACACUACCACCCAAAAUGCCCCUAUUAGUCAAUGGUAUACACAAGGACAUAUACAGCAACACCCUCCCUGCAUGCCUAAAGAGCAAGCCCCCCCGGGGGCAUCAGGAAGGGGGCGGUCCCGCCUCCCGUAGCGUGCUCACACACCGUGUGCUCAGGUUCACUGAUGAGGUCACCGUUAGUGAUCUGCAGCCCAGUCUGGACCGGGUGAGGAGUGCCAGCACCACCUGCCUCAGACCUGACACCAACUUCCCCUCUCCUGAUAGAGACAGAUGCUCCAACUCUCUGCCCCGCAGACAGCCCACAAGCCCCAGGAUUUUAGUAGAGCAGGCCUCCCCAGAGGAAGAAAGGCAGUCAGGGAGCCUGGGCAGGCCUAACAGUCAGAGAGGUAACAGCAAGAAAGGCCUGGAGGCUGACAGUCGUAUCCAGCCCACCUCUAUACUGAGGGGCAGUAGGGGGAGAGGGGGGCCGCUGCGCCCCUUUAACCAAACACCCCUGGGGGGAUCUGCCCCUAACUCACCACGACAGGACAGAACACACACCCACAGCCCCUCCCCUCCUACGGGUCGCAGGGGCAGACAGCUGCCACAGGUUCCUGCCAGAAGCAGCAGCGUAGAGCAAGCUCUAGCAGUAGAGGAGCGAGCCAGACAGAUGAACAUGAAAGUACAUUCCUACCGGCCUUCAGCCUCCCACGACCCCGAGACAGACCUCAAGACCAAACGAGAGAUGUAUGCGGACCAGCGGCGGAGCUGUGACAACGUGUCGGCCCGCUCGUCAGACAGCGACAUGAGUGACGCGUCGGCCCUAUCCCGCGCCAGCAGCGCCUCACGCCUCAGCAGCACCUCCUACAUGUCCAUCCAAUCAGAACGCCCGCGCGGGCGGCUCAGGUCCAAGUCUUUAGAGGACGAGAAGAAGGAGAGGAGGAUCUCGUGGGGGAUGAAUGGAGAGCAAGAAAGGAUGAGGGCAGCAGGGAAGAGACGGUUCUCUCAAGAGCUGAAGAGGAGGAGACACACUGUGUCUGGGGACCCCAAAGACGCCAGUCGGCAGGUUCGUGCAGCGCCGGGCCGGACCAUGCUGAAGAGCACAAGCGUGAGCAGUGAGAUCUACGCGUCAGAGCGUACCGACGGCAGCCAAUCGGACACGGCGCUGGGCACGGUGGGCAUGGGUGGCAAGAAGAGACGCUCCAGCCUUAGUGCCAGGGUGGUCUCCAUCGUCUCCAACAGACGUAGUCGAAGCACCUCGCAGAUCAUCGGCCCGGAGGGGAAGGGGAAGAAGGAGAAGGGUGCAUCCAUCCAGAGGAGCACAGAGACAGGCAUGGCCGUAGAGAUGACCAGGAACAUGAGUCGACAGUCCAGUAAAGAGUCCACCAACGGCACCAUGAACAGCUGCAACUCUGAGGGAAAUCUGCUUUUCGGUGGGGUGCGUCUGGGACAGCCAGGCAACCAGUUCAGCGACUUCCUGGAUGGCCUGGGUCCUGCCCAGCUGGUGGGCAGACAAACGCUGGCCACACCUGCCAUAGGUGAUAUUCAGAUCGGAAUGAUGGACAAGAAGGGUCAGCUGGAGGUGGAGGUGAUCAGAGCUCGGGGCCUAGUACAAAAGCCUGGAUCCAAAUCCCUCCCUGCUCCAUAUGUCAAGGUAUAUCUGUUGAAUAAUGGAGCGUAUGUAGCCAAAAAGAAAACCAAGAUUGCACGGAAAACGCUCGACCCGCUGUACCAGCAAGCGCUGCAAUUCGAGGAGAGCCCACAGGGUAAAGUCUUACAGGUGAUCGUCUGGGGAGACUACGGACGAAUGGACCACAAAAGCUUCAUGGGAGUUGCACAAAUCCUAUUGGAGGAACUAGACUUAUCAAGUACAGUGAUUGGCUGGUACAAGUUGUUCCCACCCUCCUCCUUGGUGGACCCCACACUAGCCUCCCUGACUCGACGUGCUUCCCAGUCAUCAUUGGACAGCUCCUCGGGCCCACCGGGCACCCGAUCCUAGUGGACCAAUAGGACUACAGCUACCAAUCUUAAUGGACCAAUGGGACUAUGGCUAGCCUACCGCUUUGUGAAACGAAUUAACGUUACCUUAGAGAUGAACGUACAAAUAAUAUUCUAGAACAACAACAAUCAAGAAAAAGAGUCACAAUGAUUUAAUUAAAAAGCUUUGUUGAUAUCUGACAAUCACUCCUGACAUCGUUUAAUUUGUUGUUUGUUUUAGAGAGCGUUAUGUUUCAAUGUUUCAUUUCAGUAACUAAUUCGUCAAAGUUUGUUCGCGGUUGUAAUCUAAGAACUGGGGCUGUCGGUAAUAAACAAUGUUCGGUAGCUAGGUAAGGCUGUACUGGAGUCGAGCGGUAAGGAGAACACUCGAUUCGUAGAAGAAACUAAGUAGACAUUUAAAUGACAAAGGAAGCAGGGUGGUAGUUUUUAGUCAAACCAUCAAUAAACAAAGAAAUGUAUGUUAGCGUCGGAAUGUAUGGACCCAAGACAGAGGCGUCAUCCUCCUUGCCCUCCAGGGGGCGCCAUAAUGUCCUCUCCGCAGUAGCCCCUCUCCGGACCCCAAACAGACUGCCAGCACUUCGGCCCCCAGGGCAGAGUGCUUCUGGGUGGGAUCGGUCAGGGCAAGCAGGGGUCUCCUUCUGGUGCCUAGACUUUGUGGAUUCACAUUACUGGUCCUUCUCUGUCAAAAUAUGCUUUUUUGUUUUCAAUAUGUUUACCACGGCUGGUCCAAGCCGCUCUCGAAUUUUUGUCUUUGGUACGUUUGACUAUUUUUUUCUCUGUUUGUUACUUAUGGCACAAAAAUGUUUUUCUGAUGAGUCUGAGGUUUACGAUGUGUUGUCUGAUGUCUGGAGAAGAAGUAAAAGACAAAGAAAAAAAUAUGAAAUAGAGAAAAUGAAAUAAAGUGUCUGCAAUGAGAUGCAGGGGACUGUUCAGUGACACAUCUUAAAUGACGAUUUUUACACUUGACGAUGAGAUUAGUGUGGAAUUACAAUGUAGUUUUCUUAAUUCAAUCACCUACAAAAAGUCCAACCCAGUUGUCUUUGUAUAGAUGUAUAUUAGACCUCCAAGGAGGUUGACCAAUAAAUAUAAUUAUACAUUUCACUUUGAACUAUCACCAGGGUGUUAACAAGUCACUGUAAAAAAUAUAUAUAUUUGUCCACAAUCAUGAGAACAAGAUAGGUAUCUUUCAUUUAGCUGUUUUCUGGGAAUAUCCUUCCCCUCACCCCAAAACAUGUUUAGGGGUUUUAUCCGAAACUUCAGUUUACAUUAUUUUGAGAUUUAAAAACGCAAGCACAAUAAGCUUGAUUUUUGUACCGCAAAAAGUUUAACUUUUUGAAAAAAAUUGAAGGAAAAAAAGAUUUUAAAAAAUACUGAUUGCAAAUUAAACUCUUUGGUUCAUUUCAUUUCUUUUUUGUCUAGUUUUUUGGAAAAACAAAAAAGAUCAGUUGCUCAAAUUUCCCUUCUGCAUCUUUGUGAAUGUGAAAAAUAACUAAUCAGAUUAAACUGUCAGGACAGGAACACCAAUGCUCAUCCUCCGUCAGGCCCGCUGACUCCUCCCACACCAAAGGGUGCGUGGCCAGCAUGACUCGGACCUGUUCCAAGCUGCAUGCCCAUUUUGUAAAACACAAACGAUACUGGAAAAAAAAGAUUGAACUGAACUAGAUAUGUGUGUUAGUUCCACAUACCGUAGGCCCGAUGUAUGUUGCAUGCACUUGUACAGUUUGCUCGUACUUAAAUAUAAAGAGAUAAACCAAGAAACCGAAGCCAUUCACAUCACGCGAAGACAUUCGAAAUGAUCAGCUGCAGUCAAGUCUAGUCCACAUCCUUCAUUCCGGUGCUGAAUGUUUUGAAACCAACUGAUUACCGAGAUUAUGUUGAUGUCUUUUUUUAACGCUAUUGAACGUGUACUGUACUGUCGUACUAAGCAGUCCUCACCGCCCCCAUUCUUUCAAAUCUACUGUUACUGUACACAUAGUUUACCUCUAUGGGGCUGAGACUACAUGGUUAAAUAUGUAUAAAUCAGAUCAACCUAUAUAGAAAGUAUAGUUAUGUUGAACAUAAUGAUGUAAUAAGAUAUAUGGAUACAUAUAUUAACAGAAAUUCUUUAGAGUAUAAUGUACCGAAAGUCAUUUAGGUAUAUUGUAAAUCUUUUUUCAACCAACCAAACGGUUUAGUGAUAUUUAUGAAAGGGGCCAAGUCAGAUUACGGGGCCAUUGUCAAGUCCCUGGGGACCACUAGUGGACUUAUAAAGUCAGCAAAGGGACACUACUGUAGUACAAGGCUUCAAGGGUUAGUCCCAAAUUGCCACACUUGGGUAUCAGGACAUAUUAACAACAAAAGUUGCCGUCACUACACCUCUCUAUCUGUGCUUUGAAACCUACAUCCUACAACCCCAGCCAUGUAAAACCCCAUUUAUAAAAACAUCUCAUUUUAGUUUCAUGUUCAGUGAGGCUGAGUUAUUCCUUUUAUUUUGUCAGUAUUAUUGGGAGAAAAAAAAAUGCUGAUUGUUUACAAUUAUGUGUUCCACUGAAACAACAACUAUAAAAGAAAAUGAUCUAAAAAAUAAAUAAAAAAAGUAUUCACUGCAACAUUUCUUGUUUGGUAUAACAGAUGUGGCUCAAAUGAUGUGUAUGUUUUAUAUUUAAAAAAAGAGUUCAUUUUUUAUUAUUUACAAAUAAAAAGAAUGUGUGGAAGAA